UAUUAAGAAGCAGGCCUAAUGCCAUAAAUUUUGCUAAUCUCUAGCUUAUUGAUUAAUGAAACACUGAAAACAUGGCAAACACAAUGGAUUACAAAACAUCAUUGAUGGUCUUUACUGGUUUGCUUCUACUUAUUGUUUUUUAUUUUUCUCCCUCUAACAAACAACAUUUCAGCAUCAACACUGGCUUCUUCUCUUCUAAUAACAGCACUUCUCCUUACAUUCGAAGACCACAAAAUUUCUCUGCUGAUGAUUCAUUAGCUUCGAAUACUACUACUAAUGAAACUAAUAAUGGAAGUCUUGCAAUAACUUCCGGAUCCACAGCAUCAUCUGAGCAUACUCAUGCUAGAAAAACGCAUACUAGUGCGGAAAGAAUUGAAGAUGACCUUGCGAGAGCUAGGAGUGCGAUUCAGAAAGCAGUUCGGACGCGUAACUACACAUCUAAUAGAGUGCAAGAUUUCAUUCCUAGGGGACCAAUAUACAGAAAUCCGCAUGCCUUUCAUCAGAGUUACAUUGAGAUGGAGAAAACGUUCAAAAUUUGGACCUAUAAAGAAGGCGAGUUACCUAUGGUACAUAGUGGACCACAUAGUUACUUAUAUUCAAUCGGAGGCCAUUUCAUUGAUGAAAUGGAGGAGGAGACAAACCCAUUUGCAGCAUCCAACAUGGAGGAAGCUCACACGUUCUUCCUUCCCUUCAGUGUAACCAAUAUGGUCGCCGUUCUAUAUGAACCUGAUGCUGGUUAUGCUCCCUAUAUUCGUGUCGUAGAAGAUUAUGUCCGUGUUAUAUCAGAAAAAUACCACUACUGGAAUAGAAGUAGCGGUGGAGAUCAUUUUAUGGUUUCAUGUCAUGAUUGGGCACCCAUAGUAACAAAACAAGCACUAUUCAAGAACGUUAUUAGGGUUGUUUGCAAUGCUAAUUCAUCAGAAAGUUUUAAUCCUAAAUGGGAUGUAUCCUUGCCAGAAUUUAACCUGGUAACAAGAACACUUCUCAUCUCAACGCAGUCCCGUGAAACUAGUCCAAACCGUUCAAUACUUGGUUUCUUUGCCGGCGGGGCUCAUGGAAACAUAAGAAAGAUUCUAAUUGAGCAAUGGAAAGACAAAGACAGUGAAUUACAAGUUAACGAAUAUCUUCCUAAGGGAACAGAUUACGGGGCAUUGAUGGUUAAAAGCAAAUUUUGCUUGUGCCCAAGCGGGUCCGAAGUUGCAAGUCCUAGAAUUGUCGAGGCAAUCCAUGCAGGCUGUAUUCCUGUGAUUAUUUCGGAUCACUAUGUUCUCCCAUUUAGUGAUAUACUUGAUUGGAGCCAGUUUUCAAUACAGGUUCCAGUCGAUAAAAUACCAGAACUGAAAACCAUAUUACUAGGGGUACCAAAUGAAAAGUACCGCAAACUUCAGAAGAGAGUUAAACAAGUUCAACUGCAUUUUACUUUAAAUCGUCCAGCAAAAAGGUUUGACGUUACACAUAUGAUCCUUCAUUCAGUUUGGCUAAGGCGAUUGAAUUUUCAUCUACCAGCUUGAAUAAUUACUUGAGUAUAAUUACUUUUAGCUUGAAUAACUACUUGAGUAUAAUUCUUCUUGAUUUUUCAUUAUGAUCCAAAAAUCUGAUAAAAUUUAUACCU